AGUAACAAACACAAGAAGAAGAAGAAAAAACAUGACACGAGCCACAUCCUCUCGUCCAUGUCUCUAUCUUCUCUUCAUCUCAUCUACUCUCCAACUCCUCCUCCUGUUUUGCCAUGUGGCACCAGCGGCGGCGGCCGCCGGAGGAAGUUGGCAACUCCUCCAACUCAACGUGGGGAUCUCUGCCAUGCACAUGCAGCUCCUCCACAACGACCGAGUCAUAACGUUCGACCGUACGGACUUCGGUCCGUCCAACAUCUCCUUGCCCAGCGGAAAAUGUCGGAACAACCAAAACGACCGAGUCUCGAAGCUCGACUGUACGGCUCAUUCCGUCGAGUACGACGUGCUCGGAAACGGGAUCCGUCCGCUCACCGUUCAGUCCAACACCUGGUGCUCAUCUGGCUCCGUCACACCGGACGGGACAUUGGUUCAGACAGGAGGGGACUUAGAUGGAGAACGGAGGGCCAGGUUGUUCUUUCCUUGCAAAACUAACAAAUGUGACUGGAGUGAGAUCGAUAAUGGAUUAGCCCUAAGGAGAUGGUACGCUUCUAACCAUAUCCUGCCUGACGGUAGACAGAUAAUCGUCGGUGGUCGUGGUCAGUUCAACUUCGAGUUUUACCCAAAAACUAAAGAUCCUAACGUGUAUAACUUACCGUUCUUGGCUCAGACUAAUGAUCGAGGGAGCGAGAACAAUCUUUACCCUUAUGUUUUCCUCAAUGUCGAUGGGAAUAUAUUCAUUUUCGCGAAUAACCGAGCUAUCUUGCUUGAUUAUACUAAGAAUAUUAUCGUCAAGACUUACCCUACCAUCCCAGGAGGUGACCCGAGAUCAUACCCGAGCACUGGCUCGGCGGUUUUUCUGCCAUUGAAGAACCUUGAAGCUGCCAAUGUCGAGGCAGAGGUUCUGGUCUGCGGCGGUGCACCGAGAGGAGCAUAUGAACAAGCAUGGAGGAGAAACAACUUUGUGAAAGCACUCAACACUUGUGCAAGAAUCAAGAUAACAGAUCCAAACCCUAACUGGGUAAUGGAGACGAUGCCUCAGGCAAGAGUGAUGGGAGAUAUGACUCUUCUCCCUAAUGGAAAUGUUCUACUCGUCAAUGGCGGCGCUUCUGGAACCGCUGCUUGGGAGCUUGGUCGUGAACCGGUCUUAGCUCCAGAUCUUUACCUACCGGAAAACCCGGUCGGAUCAAGAUUCGAGACACAAAACCCUAGCACCAUUCCGAGAAUGUAUCAUUCCACCGCCGUUCUUCUCCGUGACGGUAGGGUUCUCGUCGGAGGAAGUAAUCCACAUGCUUUCUACAACUUCACCGGCGUGCUUUUUCCGACAGAGCUGAGUUUAGAAUCUUUCUCGCCGUCGUAUCUGAACCAAGAGAUGUCGGGUCUCCGCCCGAAGAUAACAUCUCCCAAAUCACAGUUCAAGAUGAAGUAUAAUACGAAGGUGAAGCUGAGAUUCUCGGUGCAGAGUGAGGUCGAGAAUCCGAUGAAGGUGACAAUGGUGUUUCCAUCCUUCACGACUCAUUCCUUCUCAAUGAAUCAGAGGCUUCUAGUUUUGGAUAAUGUCAAGUUCACCAGAAAAAGCAAAGCAAAGACAGUGUACGAAGUCGAGGUGAAGACACCAAGAUCGGCCAACCUCGCACCGCCCGGUUAUUACAUGAUGUUUGUCGUGAAUCAAGACGUACCAAGCGAAGGAAUAUGGGUGCGAUUACAAUAGAUUCACAUUUCCUCUAUUUUCCGUUUAUUUUUAUUUUUAGUUUGGGUGGUUUAAUUGGUUAAUUAUAUAUGUGUGAUGGUGAACUUGUAUGCAUGUAAUGAUAUCUCAUCCAACUUG